AUGUCCGCCGAAUACAGCGAGAAGGCAGGGAACCCGUCCGACGUCGAGAAGGCCGAGAACGGCCAGGUGCACGAGCAGUUCCGCACCCACGCGCACCAUGUCGACGCCGUGCCCGCUCGUACGGCCAUAGGCCCGCGAGACAACGCGCAGUUCCGCCGCCUCGCGAACCCGGGACCUCUUGGUCUGUUCGCCUUCGCGUCGACGACGCUGAUGCUAUCACUCUUCAACGUUUCCGUGCGGGACAUUCACACGACGAGCGCGAUCGUGGCGAUGGCCCUCUUCGUUGGGGGCCUCGCGCAGUUCUGUGCGGGGAUGUGGGAGUUUGCCUGCGCGAACACCUUCGGCGCCACCGCCUUUACGAUGUACGGCGCGUUCUGGAUGUCAUACGCGACGGUCUUCAUCCCUGGCUCUGGCAUCACAGCGGCGUACGCCGAUGCCGCCUCUGACGAGGCAACUGCGCUUGGGAUCUACCUGAUGAUGUGGUUCAUCGUCACCUUCCUGCUUCUUCUCGGUUCCCUCAGGCGAAGCGUCGGCAUGGCCGCCCUUUUCUUCUUCCUGACGCUGACGUUCAUGAUGCUCGGCAUUGCCCAGCUCGUCCCUUCUGCUACCGCUGGAGCUGCCAAGGCGGGCGGCGCGCUUGGCAUUGUCACCGCCUUCAUCGCGUUCUACGUCGGCACCGCACAACUGCUCGCGCGCAACGAGAGUUGGUUCACGUUGCCCGUGGGCGACAUCCCCCAGCGCCUCGAUUGA